UGAUACGAUGAUGAUUUAAAAAAAUUAACGUUCACGUUCAUCAUAUAUGAAAACUGAUUCGUUCAGUUCAUCGUUCACGAUGCGGGACAGUUAGGAUAGACGUAUGACAUUUUAUCGCGGGCCGGAUAUAAUUGUACCACGGGCCGGAAGUGGCCCUCGGGCCUUGAGGUGGACAUGUUGUAAAGUUUAAGACAUGUUUUAUCAUGUUUUAAGUUUUAUCUCUGAUGCCCCCUGAACAAAGACAGUCUUCGUUCAGGGGGACAUCAAAGGCAGUUUCUGUUGCCACCGGAAGUGCCUCCACUGCUACGAUUUGAGCUAGCCCUUACUGUGUGAGAUUAGCUUAGCAUGUUUAGUUGGUGAAUUAACGUGAAUUAAGGAAAGUUUAUGCAGCAAUGAAACAGUUCCACUUAGACGAGGAUGACCUGGAGCAGCCGACUGUCUACCAGAAACAACUGAGAAUGCAACAGGAGGGACGGUCCGGUGCCUUUCAGGAUUUAGUCUGAAUGCUUCACAAUCAAUCAGACUAUAUUCGGCUCCUAGAGGCUGAGGUCAGACUCUGCAAGGUGGUGCAGCAGCGUGAGCUGCUGUUAAGGAGUCUAGCUCGACGGGGGCUACAGCUGGAAGGAGAAGUGAACAUCCUGAAGCAGAGUCUGGCUCAGGCCAAAGAGGAAGGCACUCAGAAAGAGGAGCUGGCACAGACACGUGUUGCAGAGUUAGAAGAGCAGCUGGGCAGAGCUCAAAGAGACAAGAGCUCGCUGACCAAUCAGCUGCAAACUGCUCGUCGCCACAUUAUUGACCAGGACAAAGACAAUGCCACGCGUGUUGCAGAGUUGGAAGGGCAGCUGGGCAGAGCUCAAAGAGACAACAGCUCGCUGACCAAUCAGCUGGAAAAUGCUUGUCCCCAUAUUAUUGACCAGGACAAAGACAAUGCCACGCGUGUUGCAGAGUUAGAAGAGCAGCUGGGCAGAGCUCAAAGAGACAAGAGCUCGCUGACCAAUCAGCUGCAAACUGCUCGUCGCCACAUUAUUGACCAGGACAAAGACAAUGCCACGAUGUCUGUGGACCUGCAAUACCGAUAUAACCAGGCCAAGUGGAAAGAGCAGGUAGAGAGAGAGCUCAGCAACCUCAAGAUCAGGAACACCAGACAGCUGGAAAACUCUGCAAAGGAAGUGGAAGGGCUGAGCUCAGAGCUGGCUGGCUGUCGGAUACAUCUGGGGGUGGUCCAAAAGGAAGGGAGCCAAUGGCAGGACAAAGCCCUGAGCCUAACAGAACAGCUGGCAGAUGCCCAGCGCCAACUGAACCUCACCAGGCAUGAAGUUAAGAGUGCUGAACGCUCUCACAAGGAGAUAAUGGAGUCUACGACCCUCUCGGCACAGGAAAGGCACCGAGACAUGACUGCGUUACUGGAGGCUCAAUACAAGCAGAGAGUUGGAGAGCAGGACGGUCUGUUGAGUUCCCAGAGUUCCAUGAUCAAGAAGAUGGGGGGUGAGUGCAACAGACUUGUGGCACAACUGGAAGAGAUGGCAGAAAAACACAGGCGUAAAGAGAAACAAACGGCCGUGGAGAAAAAGGACCUCGAGGAGACCAUAACAAGUCUAGAAGCUCGCUGCUGCAACUUGGAGGAACAGAGCGGGUUAUGAAGGGCAGGAGCUCUUUAAAGACAUCCCUGCACUGACAUCAAAUCAAUGUUUUCAUAUUAUAUUAUUUAUUGUUUGACGGAUCAAACUGUUAUUUAUUGUUCUGACUGAGGCUGAUGUGCAGGGAGGCGUGAACAUCCUGUUUCUAUGAGCUUUUGUGUUCACUUCAUAUCAAUCAAUCAGUUUAAUUGUUUACAUGGUUGAAAAAUAAUUUGUCAGUUUAUUUACAUUUGGCAAAUGACUGUUACUGUGUGUUUAUUUUCUCAGGACAAAUCUAACAUUUACUUUUUCAUGCAGGUUUUUCUAAAAAAAGUUUCCCUGAUCUCAGUUCUAUUUUCAUUUGAGCUGAGCUGAAAGUUCAGGAGGUCACAAAUCGUAUUUUUAGCCACGAAGCAAACAGUCGACACCACGGCUGCAGAUUGACAUAGUGCUUUAUUGAAGCUGUCUGUAAGAAGGAAAAUAAUGUGCAUCCCUAUCAUAUACAUUUUAUGUGUAAAAAUACUAAGGAUGUACAGUGUAAAAAAAACAGCUUCAUGUUGAUGGUAAUUUGUUGUGUUCACAUCCCGGCGGCCUCAGCGGCCAGCAGCACUGCGUCCUCACAGCAUGAGGGACAGAGAAAGGCUGUUUGAUCUGCUUUUCUGUGAACCCUUCCCGAUCUGCAGAGCUUCCCCGACGCUGACUCGAGAGUCGACGUGGUCUGUGCUCCGGAGCGGACUCCAGCGCCUCGGGGGAAACUCCGCCCGGCUCUGUGAACAGCUGGAGGCUGUCCACAAACGUCCCGCACGACUGUAAAGCUACAGUAGAUGGACAUGGACAUGAGAGGAAAACUGUUACACCUUUAUUUCUAAUAUUUGUACGUUUGCUGUUUUUUUUUUGUUUGCUGUUUACAAAUAAAUGCAUCCCAUGCUU